AUGGCACAAAAUAACAAGGGAGUUUUGGUCCCCAUUAUUAUUGACCCCCAAGCUUUCCUUGCAUGCCCAAGCAAGGACCCACCUCAUCUCUGGGCUCUUGCAUGCCAUGCCAUGCCACCAGUUGGCCACCCACCAGCCGAAAAUAGAAAAACAUUUUCGAGACAGAGAAAAGACAAGAGGCUGAUCAAGCAAGUUCAAUCCCGGAUUAACCUGUUGAAGACCAAGAGGCUUUCAAUUGUUAAACAGUUGAGGGAAGAUGUUGCUCAGCUCAUCAAGGCUGGCUAUGACGAUAUUGCUCUUACUAGGUCUCCUGAAGUUUCUGAUUGCAUGUCAUUGAACUUUGAUGGAAUAGAAGGUACUGUUAGCAUGGGAAUUUCCCCUAUUGCUUUGAUGGCUGAGCAGCUUUUUAAAGAUGAAAACACUGUGUCGAUUUACGAAUUAUUGCAUAGUUUCUGCGAAUUCAUCCUGAACAACCUGUCAUAUAUCCGCUGGCACAAGGAUUGUCCUAAUGAUGUCAAUGAAGCAGUUUCAACUCUUAUAUUUGCCUCUGCAAGAUGUGGAGAAAUACCAGAGCUUCGUGCUGUCCGAAAGCUCUUCGGACAGUAUUAUGGCCAAAGAUUUGAAAAGACAGCUCUUGAACUAUUGCCUGGGAACCUUGUUAACACUCAGGUAAAAGAGAAACUCUUCAUUAUAUCAGUUCCUCAUUAUGUGAAGCAAAGGUUGGUGGACGAGAUUGCUAAAGAUUACUGCCUCCGACCGGAAAUUUUGGCAAUUCAAUAUGCUUCAGAGCAGCAGCAGGAGGUGAAUUUCGAUACUUCUGUCAGUAUGUCUAAACUGAUUUGCUCUAUUCUUAUGAGAAAUAUUGAAGAUCUUUGUUCCAUGCAACCACAGGAAGAGGAACAUAGAGAAGAACAUCAGGUGCUAGAUAAAGAUGCUCAAAAUUAUGGUCGCAAAAUAGAAGAAUCUCAUAAGGAAGUUUUAAAUGAAAAUGAUCUAGAAGGGAAAGCUAUACACAUUGAUUCAAUGUCGACAAGCCGAAGUUCACCAACAUCAACUCCCUCUCGUCAGAAUAGUCAUACAACUAGUAGUUCUGUGAAAUCUUCUAUAGCUCAGCUAUCUUCACCGGAUACGCUGGAAUCUCCAACGCAGAACGAAGCAGAGAAAGAGGACAAUUUUGCUGGACAAGAUUCACUAUCAAACUUUGAAGUGGUUUCCCCAGGAGCUGAAGAAAGUCAGGUGGCUAGCAGCAUUUACACUACCUCCCGAAAACACAAGGAAGAGAGAAAGAUUGCAGCAUCUUCCUCAGAGAGUCUGCCUCAGUUUCCAGAGGAGAUGAUAGUCUAUCUUGAUGAUGUAGAGGAGGUUCAAUCCAUUACAAAGGAAGGUAGCUGCCUGGAUCAGAGAAUUUUCAAGUUCAAAUCAUCUCCUCCUCAAUCCAUUACAAAAGAAGGUAGCUGCCAGGAUCAGAGAAUUUUCAAGUUCAAACCAUCUCCGUUCCUGCCGAAAAAGGUAAAAGUUGAAGACGGUGAUGUAAAACAUAUGGAUCAGUAUGAAUCACGGAGUGAGAAGUCAAAUUCAAGUAGCUCAAGAAAUAGAGAGGAUGCAACUGUUAAAAGAUCAAGGAGGAGAUCGAUAUCUCGAGAACAUUCAAGUGGUAAGGAUAUCGAAUGUGUGCUUUAUUACGACAAACCAUGCAAGAGACACACAACUGAUCACAAGCAUGGAUCAAAUCUUCCCGGUAAGCAUCACAAGAAGACUGCUAAAGGAAAAGGUGAAGAAACAUGUGAAGCAGAGAAGAUGCAAAAACAACCUCACUGCUCCAGCCACUGCUGCUUGAACCAUCGAUCUUACUUCUGCACCAAUGAUGGCAGAGUUGCUCAUGAGCAUCCACCUUGGAACCAGAAGAGAUUCCUCACUGUUAUUCACCAUUGCCACUGUCCUACAAUUGGAGAAUCAGAUACAGAAAUGGAACGGUAUGACUUCCCGCAGCUGCGGCGGAGAAAAAGCUGUGAAUUUGGUGCUUCUGCGCGUGAUUUUUUUACUAGCCCAGAUUGGCAGCCUGAGCAGCAAAGAAAACGAAAUUCUACAUGCAGCAACGUCUCUUCUAUGGAUCCAUGCGCAGAGGAAAACACUCCUUUGACAAGAAAAGAAACAAGGCCCCCUUAUCUAAGAGCCAUGACAAUGCCCCAAGAAAGGUCCAAGUACAGUAACAGAGAAAAUGUUGAGCGGUGCAGUACGUUUCCCAUUGAAUCUCCCCCUCAUGUCCACCCUAAGCUACCAGAUUGUGAUGACAUAGCUGCCAAGUUCAUGGCUCUCAAGAGAGAACAUGCAAAGAACAGACACGGUUAG